GAAAUAAACCGGAACAAAGCAUUGUCAGUUAUAUCAAGGUUAUUAAGCAAAGAAAAUGUGAAAAGAUUACUUGCACCAGCUCAAAAGAUAUUUCUGAGAUGCGGAAGAUUAACUAAUACAUUUCAUGCUUUCAGAUCAUUGUUACUGCUUGAACUAUGCCAGCUUUGCCUUGAACUCAACAUGAAUCAGCUGGCCUUGGUUUGUGUAGAAGCCAUGAAACUGUGUGACUUUCAGGAUUCAAGUUUCCACUUACAGCUGGCAUUUAUUGAAUGUCAGCUGAUGAUCUGUAACUUGGGGGACAAACAGGAAUCAUACCAAAAGUCUGUGGUCGAUAUUCGUCUUCAAGCUAUCAAGAUAUGUGAAGAAGCAGUCAGGAAUUCUGUGAGGCAAGGUGACCACAAGUUGAUUCAGAAAGGCUGUGUAACACUGUGGAACUUGUGCUUGCCACUACUGCAGCCAAAUCUGAGGCAUCGUGUUCGCAAACCACUGACCAUGAUUACAGAUGCUUUAGAAGAUAUAGAAAGCCUACUUGUGGAGCUGAGAUGUGAGGCUCACAUAGAGCUGGCCUGUUGCCUUGAAGAUCAGGAGCAAGUCCAGGUGGCAUUAAACAACUUAAAAAAGGCAUUUUUCCUUGAUGUGAAGAAUGUGUACCGUGAGAGGUUGGAAGUUUUGCUCCGCAGACUAGAGCUGAGAUCUCAGCUGUACAUGCAACCAGCAAGACCAGAAGAUCAUGCUGCCAUGAUAAUUGAGCAGGCCCAGAAAGCAGAUUCUGGCACCAUUAGGAUGAAGCGUUCUGUGCUCGUGAAAGCUGGGGAAAUACUAGCACCAGACGCUUUUCUAGUGGUUCUUGACAGCGAAAAUGAUGCCAAAGUAGAAGAAAGAAUCUUGUCUUUCACCAAAAACUUGGCAGGAAAAGUUUUACAUUUCAAAACCUGUGUGAGCAAAGCAGAAGGGCAUUUGCAAAGAUUAGGCGAUGAAAACUGUAGAGAAAGAGCCAGGCUAUGGGCAGAUCUUGCCAAGACGGCCCGCAGACAGGAAGUGUGGGAUGUGUGCAGAGUGGCAUGCAGAUUUUGCUUAUUAUAUGAUAAUGGCUUCUGGCAGAACAUAUCUGAUGGAAACAAGAACAACUUUAAUGAUUAUCAAUUCUACGAUGAAUAUGAUGACAAGUCAGUCUUAAGAAGUGAACACCAGACAUCUGCAGUGGAGACCACCCAGCUCUACGACAGAGAUCUUACUCGUAUGAUGGGAGAAAUCUCUUUUAUAUAUGGAGAGGCUCUGGUUCAGUUUCUGAGAUCUGAGAACGUACAACUAAAUGACAAACCUGUGCCACCAGAAAACCAGGCAAACAUUUAUAAAAGCAUUAACGGCAUAAGCAUAGACCAGGAUAAUGACUGGAUCACAUACUGUAACUGGAUCAGAGAUAUCUCAGAACUAGCAACACAUAGUUUCUUGCAUGGCAUGAUGCUUGGUGUCAAGCUAGCAGAGGCAUGGAUGGUGCAUAAUGCUGCCACCUAUGUCUGGAACUACAACAAUCACGUACUGAGUCAGAACCGCCACACAGAAAUUGUCCCACACCUCAGCAUGAUUCUAGAAGGUUUAAAGCGUGUGGGGUAUGCUGGGGAAACUGUGAUGCUGGUAAAUAUAUGCAAUGCCUUGGCUCAGGGACUCAUAAGGCCAUGGAUAGAGGUUAAGGCUUUGGAGAAAGCAAGAAAGGAAAUUGCAAGCCCUAAGAGUACGACUACUACCAAAGCCAAAGGAGGCAAAACCCCUGUUCAAACAAAAUCCAAGAGCUCUAUUAUGACUACUAAUUCUGAGACAAUUACAGAAGUGAAAAAGGCCAUAGAUAUAUGUGAGUUUGCCAUGCAAGAGACCAGUGGAGACAGUCCAAGUAACUCAGUCCCUAUAUUUCAUCGUCUGCCCCUCUUGCAAACAUGGGUCCAAGCUAAACAGUUGGCAAAACAACAAAUAUCCAAGACCUUUGGCUCAAGCAGUCAGAACAACAGUGAAAGUCAAAGUCAGAUGACUAGAUCAAUUGUUGCUCUGGAGAUGUUUGUGCUCAGUCGAAAUGGAAUUAUGGAGUUCAAGGAUACCCCUAAUUUAGAGGAAAUUUCUAUGAUGGUUGAGUUUGCAAAAUGGACAGACAAGUUUGUGGAACUGAUACUUUGGACUCGGCUGACAUUUUUGGCAUUUGAGUUACACAUCCACACCUUGGUCAUGCAGUGCAGCUCAAAAGCUCUGAGAUUUUCGGCAUUAGGGACCCAGCCUCGAAACAGAAAAAUGGACCUCAGUCAGUAUUCAAAAGAACAGGAAUUGCUGAGCUAUGUUAGUGUUCUUCGUGGGCAGAGCCUGAUGGAGACCAUGCCAGAUAGAGAUUCUGUGCGUAAUGAUGCUUUGACUACUUUCCUGGACAGUGCCAAGUUUGCAAGAAGUGCAGGCAACUAUGAACUUGUUAUGGCAGCUGCAAGACACUUUUGGAAUGCCUGCCUCCCAUUGGUCUCUCAGCCAAAUAAACGGAAGAAUCUCAGAAAAGCACUCAGGAUAAUGCUGGAAUGUAUUGCUGCAACAGCUGACACAUCCAAGAAACAGAAAGCUCCCGCUCAAGCUAAAAACAAAGACAAAAAUAAUGUUGAAGAAAGUAUUAAAACAGACGAGGAAAAGAAAGACAACAAAAGUGGGAUGGAACAAAGGCCUAUAGGGAAGACUUCAGAAGUGGUCAGAAUACCAAGUGAAGCAACUAGGAGAGAGGAAGAUGACCUUAAACUAAGAGCAGCCAUGUAUGGAGUCUUGUUUCAGGCUUAUGCCGAUGAGGGUAGAUGGACAGAGGCUCUUGAGGCCAUAGACAAGGCAGUUUCUGAAUUGCCACGAAGCAAUCACAAACUACUGAUCUUCAAACACAGAAUUAUGGUGAAAGCAACACUUGGACAGUCUAUCCACAAUGAUAUACAGAGAUUCAAGGAGGAGCCAGAGGAUGUUCUU